CCAACAAUCGUCUUCGUUCAGUUCAAUAAUUUUCUCCCGACUUUCUCUCCCUCCUGCAAAACCUAGGUCUUCUCCUUCUUGAUGAUUCAGUAAUUGCAUUUCUAUCGUGAGAAAUCUUCUGUAGCUUAUGAUUUUCUAAUAUUUUCGGCUAUAUAAAGAAAUGAUGCAGACAAUUUAGGAGGCCAAAAAUGGUGAAAAAUCCCUAAUCUUUAGACACUCUAGAAAGAGAGAAUCGAGAGUAAGAGACCUCCAUUAAUUGAUCAUUUGCUUGUUGCUCUGUGUUGGAACCAGAAGAGGGGAAUCGGCUGUCUGAUUUUCCACUUCAGCUGAGGCUCGUUUCAUCACCUACUACAAAUAAAUUCAGGGUUGGUUGUCCGUUUGAUUCUCCUGAACGGGGAAGAUAGGUGUUGGUUAGAGGAUAAUGUGUAUAUUGUGUGUGAUUCAGAAGUGGUCUCGUCGAGUUGCUACCAUGCUCCCAUGGCUAGUAAUUCCUCUAAUUGGACUUUGGGCUCUGUCUCAGCUGUUGCCACCUGCCUUUCGGUUUGAAAUCACUUCCCCCAGGUUGGCUUGUGUAUUUGUGUUGUUGGUUACUCUAUUCUGGUAUGAGAUCCUUAUGCCACAGUUGUCAGCAUGGAGGGCACGAAGGAAUGCACGUCUCAGGGAAAGGAAGAGAUUUGAGGCCAUCGAAAUGCAGAAGCUUCGGAAGACUGCAACCCGGAGGUGCAGGAAUUGUUUGACUCCAUACCGAGACCAGAAUCCUGGUGGGGGGAGGUUUAUGUGUUCAUAUUGUGGUCAUAAUUCAAAAAGGCCCGUUUUAGAUCUCCCAGUACUGCCUGGUCUUGGUUUUUCAAAUUCUGGAAUAUUGAAAGAUUUAGUAGGCAAAGGUGGAAACAUCUUAAAUGGAAAGGCAUGGUCUGAUAAUAGUUUGACUUCUCGUCAAGAUUGGUUGGAGAAUGGUAAUUGGGUCAGUGGAAAGCUUAAUGGGAACAGUUAUGGGCAGAAGAACAGUGUUGAUUUUUUCAGCUGUGAUGAGGAUUGUAUGGCAGAAAAGUCUUAUUCUUGUGUGGUGAUAUUCUCCUGCAAGAUAACAUCAGUUUUGUUCUGGAGCAUCGGAUGGUUUUGGAGUAAGGUCUUUAGGGCUAGUUGGUCAAGAGAUGUUUCUUCAUCGGAUACAGAGGACAAGGGAUUGUUGGCAAGGCAAGGUGAAAAUGGGGAGAAUUUCCAAGAGAGUAGAGUAGAAAAGGCUCGUAGAAAAGCAGAAGAGAAAAGACAAGCUAGGGUAGAGAGAGAGUUAUUGGAGGAGGAGGAGAGAAAGCAAAAAGAGGAGGUUGCAAGGCUGGUGGAGGAACGCCGUAAACUUAGGGAUGAAAAGAUGGAAGUUGAGAAGGAUUGUAAGAAUGGGUUAACUAGUUCUACUGAAAAGAAUAUUAAGAAGGAAGCUGAGAAGAAACGACAGGAAAGAAAGAAGGAAAAAGACAAGGCUUCUAGUAAAAGCAGUUCUGAUGCAGAGGAAAUUGAAAAACGAGGUGGUAAGGAAAAUGAACGGAAGGGUGAUAAUGAUAAGCCGGAUUUACAUAGAUCUGGAGCAGAAAAUGGCAAAAAUUAUGGCACAGGAGUGUUAUAUGGGAAUAAGAUCACUACUAAUAGCGAUCAUGGCAGGGGGAAUGCUGGUUCACAUUACCUGGACAGAAUGAAGGGUACUAUUUUAUCCUCCUCCAAAGCUUUUGGUAGCAACGGUUUCUUCAGGAGGAGUGUUAACACUUCUCCCAUGGUUUCAAGAGAAAGCAAGUCGGGUGGGUUUGUAGAUCACAUUAACACAUCUACAAAUAGAAAUGAUCUUUCUCUACCUGGAAAACCAAAUAUCAUUGGUGAUGAUAAGAGCAGCAGUCAACCUGUACUCAUUGAACCACUACCAAUAGCAGCCCCAAAGAAAUCAUGGCAACAACUGUUUACCCGCUCAUCAGCUGUUCCUCCUCCUGUUUCAAAUGUUAUAAGCAGACCUAAUUCAAAGCCCCAGAUAGAAGUGCACAGCCCUCCCUUUUGUCAGACCACAUCGAUAACAUAUGAUAACCCCAUUAGCUUUGGAUUUCCAUCUCCCUUUACCUUGCCUACUGAAACCAUGUUUGCUGCUCGUGAUCUCUUACCUGAAGAAUCUGACAUUUUUGAAGAUCCAUGUUAUGUUCCAGACCCAGUAUCUCUACUUGGGCCUGUUUCAGAAUCACUGGAAAAUUUUCAGUUAGAUUUAGACACUGGGUUAAUUGGAUCAGAAAAGCUACGUUCUUUAAGGAGCAUAUCAUCUGCAAUAUCAGAAAUCAGUAGACCGUCUCCAAUUGAAAGAAGUUGUAAUUCUAAUCGAUCACCCAAGGCAGUAUCUAAUAAUGUCCAGGAGUUUCACAACUUCCCAGUUGAAGCUUCAAGCCAUUCAAAGGAACAGGGAACUUAUCAGAUGUGGAACACUUCUCCUCUGUUUCCUCAUGAACUCAAUAUACCAGGCAAGGAAGAUGUGAUGCAUCAACUUUUUGCACAUAAAACUACAGCGUCACUGUUUCCCAAUGAUAAGAGCACUAUUUCUGGCAUUCAUUCCCAUAACAACUUCCUUCACAGCCAAAAUGCUGGGACAUUUGGUACUUCGAUUUUUGGUCCAGCUGAUAUUCCGUGGGGGCAAAAAACAUUAAGUGGUUUGGAAAAUCAAUUUUCUGUGGAUAUAAGAGAGGAAGUUCCUCAAAAGGAAAUUAUGUGUGGGAGCAGCCCACCCAUUGGAUCUACUAGCCAUCCGCCCCAAUCCAAUUGUUGGACCAAGAAGGAAUGGGUUGAUGGUUCAAAAGAAGUAGUUGGAAAGUCAACAAUAGGAAGCCAACACCACCACCACCACCCUGUUGGAAGUCUGUUUUCUCCUCCAGAAGUAGGUUCACUAUGGUCGUCCUCUUCUUAUGGUUGAAAGAGAGAGGAGAGGGAUUAAUUGGGAAAAAGAGUAGCAUGUAUGAUCCCACAAUUAUUAUUGUGUGUAGAGGAAAACAAAAUGCCUCUGAUGGAAUAAUAAUAGUGGACUAUCAUCUUGGGUUCUGCAUAUCUUCUUUAUAAUAGGCAUGAUGAACAAGAUUACACGCAACUUGCUUCUCCUAAUAUAUAUCAGGUGACCAUGUUGUUUAAGUAU